AUGAUGUCCUACAAACAGCCACAUUACGCAGUGAACGGGUUAACGCUGUCCGGCCCGGGCAUGGAUCUGCUCCACACCGCCGCCGUCGGAUAUCCCAGUACUCCACGUAAGCAGCGCCGCGAGCGCACCACUUUUACACGUGCACAGCUGGACAUCCUGGAGGCUCUAUUUGCCAAAACCCGAUAUCCGGACAUCUUCAUGAGGGAGGAGGUUGCCCUCAAAAUCAACCUGCCUGAGUCCCGGGUCCAGGUCUGGUUCAAGAACCGUCGUGCCAAGUGCCGCCAGCAGCAGCAACAGAGCACAGGUCAGACCAAGCCACGGCCCCCCAAAAAGAAGGCUUCCCCGGCCCGAGAGGCAAACACUGAGGCUGCUGCCAACGCCACCAAUGGACCCUACAGCCCCCCACCCCCUCCUCCAGGCACAGCCAUCACCCCCAGCUCCAGCUCCGCAAGUGCCACCGUGUCCAUCUGGAGCCCCGCCUCCAUCUCCCCGCUACCAGACCCCCUGUCUGCCUCCACCACCCCCUGCAUGCAGCGUGCUACGACCUACCCCAUGACCUACACCCAGGCCCCGGCCUACAGCCAGAGCUACGGAGGCUCCUCCUCCUACUUCACAGGCCUUGACUGCAGUUCCUAUCUGUCCCCCAUGCACCCGCAGCUGUCCAGCACCGGAGGCGCCCUGAGCCCCAUCACGGCCUCCUCCAUGGGGGUGCCCCUCAGUCAGUCCCCUGCUUCGCUCUCCUCCCAGGGCUACACAGCCGCUUCACUGGGCUUUGGAGCCGUCGACUGUCUGGACUACAAGGACCAAGCUGCCUGGAAGCUCAAUUUUAAUACCACUGACUGUCUGGACUACAAAGACCAGAACUCCUGGAAAUUCCAGGUUUUAUAAAUAGGGAGCGGGAUGUUGGGGGGGGGGGGGGGGGGGGGGCAGUGAAGAGCAGAAUCAAACCCUAAGAUUCACAUUCAUUCAGAAGAACUCAAGGCAGAAGAAUCAAUAAAUCAUGAGCCUUAGGACAAAUCAAAUAAAAGAACUGCUUCAGU